AUGCCAGUGCCAAAGCUGCAGGCACGUAUUCAAGCUGGUCCUCUUGUCAUGGGCGCGCUGCUCAAGCACGAGAACCGGCUUCGUGUGCUCAAUUUCUCAGUGCAACGCGCUUCGUCGUUUGGUGGUGAGACGCUAAAGUCUAAGGAGGAGCUAUCUUUCCACUGCGGAUUCCGGAGAUUUGCAGGCAAACCCGUUUUCAGUGAUCAAAGUCUAAAGAGUGACCAACAUCUUUUCCAGCGAUUCCUGCCGCAGAGUGGUUGGAGUGUGGCUACCGUGUACGGACCGGUGACGUUUCAGCCGGCUUCCCUGCUGCUCUUCAAACCCAACGGGCAGCUUGUAGCUUCUGGCACACUGAAAAACGUGAAGCCCGAUCGCGUUGUGCUCAAGCGCGUGAUCAUCACGGGCACGCCGGUAAAGGUAAAGAAACGAAAGGCCGUCAUACGCUACAUGUUUCACUCGCCGGAGGACAUUCGGUGGUUUAAGCCGGUCGAGCUUGCAACCAAGCAUGGUCUGACAGGCCACAUCAAGGAGUCUCUGGGUACGCACGGUGAUUUCAAAGCCGUUUUCAACAAACCUAUCAAGCAGCACGACACUGUUUGUCUCCACCUAUAUAAGCGCGUUUAUCCCAAGUUUCCAACAAUGAACCCCCUGUCGAACUAG